CUUUGAGAGUCUCCCUCCACUAUAGUCUAUACAACUCUCCUGAACCCCAGAACCCCAUAGCAGGGCAAAAGCUUCGGCUAGGCCUAAGUUUUGAGAGAGAGAGGUGAUGGCUAAGCCUAAGUUGUCAUACGAGGAGUCUCGUAGGCAGAACUUGGAGGAAAAUAGGAAGAAAAUGGCAGCACUCAAUCUGCCUCAGCUUGCCCAGCUGGCUCAUCCAGCCCCUGUGGAGCUCGCGAGGCCUCGUACGUUCGAGAAGCAUCUUGUUCAGGUCCGGAGAUCCACCCGCGUCUCGAAUCAUUCUUCCCCGGUUUACAAAGAGGUUUUUGUUGAACGAGUAAGAAUGCCCAGAAUGUCCUACCACUCUAGUUGGCAGAAGGGUUUGUGGAACCGAACAAACGCUUCUGCUUCAGGUGAAGCCAGAGCUGCCGCAUUGCAUGAAGCUCAGAAAUUAGAGUCGGGUUUGGGAUCCGAUAACCCGACCAUUGUGAAAACGAUAAUCCCAUCUUAUAUCAGUGGUGGAUUCUUUUUGUGUCUUAAACGCCAGUUCUGCAUGGAGAACCUCCCAAAGGGUGAUGAAGUUAUGACAUUGGUAGAUGUAGAUGGCAACGAGUACCCGACUCGAUACUUGGCGCAAAGAUUUGGACUCUCAGCUGGAUGGAAAGAAUUUGCAUUUGCUCAUGCUUUGGUGGAAGGGGAUGCAUUGGUUUUUCAAUUGAUCCGGCCUACUGCAUUUAAGGUGUACAUUGUAAGAGCAAAAAGAUCUGAAGGCAGCUCAGCUGGAUAGGUAAAAAGAAGUUUGGGGAUUGGGAUAAGACUUGCAUUUGUUUUGCGGUGAGCUCUAUUUGUUCCUAGAAAGGUACAUGUUUUGUCUAAUAGAAAA